AUGACAUCUUCAGGUAUCUUAUUCACUGUCUUAAUCUCCUUGGCUCCAAUCUUUCACCAACCAGGUCUCGCUCAAGGCCAGACUCCUCCAGCUUCUUGUGCUUCCUUGUUGCUAGGCUUGGCUCCGUGUGGUCCAUACGUGCAGGGAUUUGUCCAGUUCCCGGCUCAGCCAUGCUGCAACAGCCUGAAUCAAAUUUACAGCCAACAACCAACCUGUCUCUGUCUCUUCCUCAACAACAAUUCUACUUUAUCCUCUGCUUUUCCCAUCAAUCAAACCCUCGCUCUGCAAUUGCCUCAGCUUUGUAGCGUUCCAGCCAAUUCAUCUGUUUGCUCCUCCUCAGGGGCUUCCUCGGUCUCUCCACCAUCUACUAACUCAACCGGUUCUCAAAUCUCUCUCGGUGCAAAGAACAAUUCCGGUGUUGCAGUGACCCCAGUGGCUCAAGUGGCACCAAAACCAAACAGCAUGAUGGGAUUGGGUUUUGGUCUGAGAUCCUCUGGUCCGAAGUCUAAGAUUCAGCUGACAAUCUUUGUGAUCGCAACGACUCUAACCGGAACACUCCUCGUAUGA